GAAGAGGAGGAAGAGGAGGCAGGAGGCUGCCAUGGCCAGGAGAAUGCCAAAGGCCCCGCUGAGGUCCAUCCUGGUGAGCAGCUCCGUCCUCUGGGCAGCGGCUGCUCGAUACGGCUGGCGUGUGGUCUGGAGCUGGCCGUCUGUCCACAGAGAGGCCACGAGCAGGAGCUUUGCAUCACCCCGCUCUGCAAACAAGCCUGGUGCUGUGCUGGCGUUCAUCAACCUCCAGUGUGGAGCUGCUGGCAGGACCCCUGCUUGUCCAAACAGAUGAGCGAGGUGUAUGGCCCAAUAUUCACUGUCUACCUGGGAUUCCGGCCAGUGGUGGUCCUCUGUGGCUACAAGGCGGUGAAGGAGGCCCUGGUGGAUCAGGCGGAGGCGUUCAGCGGGCGUGGGCAGCUGCCGUCCUUCUCCAAGGAGUUCAAUGAGCAUGGAGUUGUGUUUGCCAAUGGCAGGCGCUGGAAGCAGCUCCGCCGGUUCACCCUCAACACCUUGCGGAAUUUCGGGAUGGGGAAGCGCUCCAUCGAAGAGCGCAUCCAGGAGGAGGCCCAGGCCCUGGUGAGGGAGUUCCGUGAAACAAAAGGAGUGCCCUUUGAUCCCAUCUUCAUUCUCAGCCAGGCCAUCUCCAACGUCAUCUGCUCCAUCGUGUUUGGCGACCGCUUUGACUACCAGGACAAGCAGUUCCUCCUCUUGAACAACCUGAUCACACAACGGUUCCGCUUUGCUGGCUCCUACCUGUCCACGCUGUACAAUAUCUUCCCGGAGAUCAUGGGGAAGAUGCCCGGAGCUCACCACAAGGGCUACCAGUGUUCCCAGCAGAUCAUCAGCUUCAUUCAGGAGAGGGUCAGGAUGCAGCAGGCCACGUGGGACCCCUGCAAUCCACGCAACUACAUUGACUGUUUCUUGGCUAAGAUGGAGCAGGAAAAGCAGAACCAGGAUUCUGAGUUUUGCCUGGAGAACCUCGUCAUGUCCACAUUCAACUUAUUCUUUGCUGGGACGGAGACCAUCAGCACCACUCUGAGAUACGGCCUCCUCAUCUUGCUGAAGUAUCCCCAGAUACAAGACAGACUCCACGAGGAAAUUGACCGCGUGAUUGGGCAAGAUCGGAUUCCGGCCACUGAGGACAGAAAUAAGAUGCCUUAUACGGAGGCUGUGCUGCAUGAGAUCCAGCGCUUCAGCGACGUCUUCCCCAUGAGUCUCCCACACACUGUCACCCACGACACCCACCUCAGGGGGUACCUCCUCCCAAAGGGCACCUACAUCUACCCUCUGCUCAACACUGUGCACUGCGACCCUGAGCACCACGCCAACCCUGACACGUUUGACCCCGAGAGGUUCCUGGACCCCCAAGGCGGCUUCAAGCGGAGAGAUGCUUGGAUGCCUUUUUCGGCAGGGAAGCGGGUGUGCCUGGGCGAGGGGCUGGCCCGCGCGGAGCUCUUCCUCUUCUUCACGGCCAUCCUGCAGAGCUUCACCCUCGCCUCACCCCUGCCCCCUGGCAAGAUCAGCCUGGAGCCAGCCGUCAGGGACCUCAGCAGUGUGCCCCCGCUCUACCAGCUCUCCAUGCUGCCACGCUGAGGACCAGCCAUCCCGGCAGGAGGACCCCCGCCCCUUUCCCCCUUGGGCGCCACAACACAGCAGGUCUGCACGACAAACUCGGACUGGGGUCUCGCUUCUUCCUCCCCCCGCCACCAAACCCCUGGGGUGGGGUCUGUAGGUCUUUCCAGGGGCUCUGAGGACAAGCACAAGAGGACGCUGCUCUGCCUGGGAGCGGGAGGCCCGGCUGCUCCCUCCCUUGCCAGGUUAGCCACCGCAUGCAGCCUCUGAUGGUUUACCAUUGCGUCACUAGAGACCUUCAAGUGGGGGCUCUGGCUGCCGGCCCCCAGCCUCUCCUUUGGGGCACCCCCAGGACCUGGCCUGCUCUCUGCUGCUCUAUAGUGCCACCAGGGUGGAUGGCUAGAAACGGAAACCAUCCAUCUUUGCUGAAAAGUCUCCUUGGAUUAUCCACUUCUGUCUAGAGCUGUGCAGCUGAGCCAAAGACUGUUGGUUUUGUUUCAUUAAAGCCCUCGUGGGAUGCUUGGCC